AUUUACUUACAUCUAUCCUCUAUCAACAACCAAGAUGUCGUCGGUCAACCCUGUUAACCCCAAGCCUUUCAUGCAGGAGCUUACCGGGAAGCCGGUAUUUGUAAGACUAAAAUGGGGGCUCGAGUACAAAGGAUUCCUUGUCAGUACGGAUGGGUACAUGAACCUUCAGCUGGCUAACACAGAGGAAUUCCAAGACGGGAAAUCAAAUGGUGCUCUGGGCGAAGUCUUCAUCAGGUGUAACAACGUGCUGUACAUCAGGGAAGCUCCUCCAGAAUGAUCAUGCAGUAUCCACUCAAAAUAUCUUUUGCGACGGCUCCAGGCCAUUACUCUUGUUGUAUCAUAGGACUUUCGAGAGUUUAUUCGAUCGGAGUAGGUUUGUAUAGUGAUUGCAUGAUCUAUCGCGAUGUAGAUGCAUCAAAGACCUGGAUGAUCGUCCGUCCUUGAACCUGCGUUUUGCAGUGGAGGGCGUCUAGACUUGAGAGAUGAUCUUGCAUCAUAAUGACUAACUAACCGCAGUGCUAUGGACUCGGGCUCAAAUUUCAGACUUCUGUCAGUAGCGGUGGUGCCGGCUGAUUUAGGUACUUUCUAUUCCAGCAGUCAUUUCUUCGAAGACAGCAUGAAUUGGUGAACAUAUCUUCGGACCAUCCAAUUUUUGGUAUGAGCCUGAUACCCCACAACGAAAGGUGUCAUUAAUGCACGGCCACUUAUCUAACGGAUAGACGGUUUGAAGUGGC